AAACAUCGCUUUCUCCAGAGAAACCUCUCACUCAGGUUCUACAUGUGAAUGUUUUGGUAAAGAAAGAAAGAAAUAGAGGAGAGACAUCUGUGACUGCUUUUGAAUACGGUGUCGUUCUCGUUUCUUCUUUUAUUCCCCCUACUUGUGUUAUCUUUGAAACGGACCCUUCAGCGUUUUUUUGUUUGUUUGUUUGCUGGUCUCUCAAUAGUAAAGUUUGAAUCUUUUCUAUAAAGAAACAGAGCUUUUUUAGAUUUUAGCAUUCUGGGUUUGGUUUUGAACUCCUUAUUAACUCUCUAGUAGUUUCGUGUACCAGAAGAAGCACGUAGGCUCGAAAAGUUUACAUUUUUGUUCAAACGGGUUCUUAAAGUUUUGAUUUUUGGUAAUUGUUUUUUGAUAUGGCAAGUUGAGUGAAUCUUGGGGGAGAGAAUUAGGGAUAUUACCAAAGUCUGUGAAAUCGUUUUCGAAUUUGGAAAGUUUUUAAGAUUUUCGCAGAAGAAAAUGAGAUACAGCUCGAUUUGGUUCUUCUAUAGAGACUUGGACAAGAUUCUCUCCAAGAAAACAGAACACUUGUGAUCAUCAUAUUCAUGAGUAUGUCUAUUGCAAAUGGAGACAUCGGUGAGCAUCUUCGUAACCAUAUUCACUUAACCAACUGUAUUCAUUUGAAGAAUCAUAUGCACAACAACAACAACAAGCAGAGUCCGGUUUUAACCGACCGGUCUCUUCUUAUGCGAGAUCUUGUCGUUCUCCAGAGAUCAAGAUCACUUAGAGACCCAUCAGCGAGCCCGAAUUUGAAAGAAGAUCAUAAGGAUUCACGUGAGGGGAGAAGAAGAUCUGUUGAUCAGAGUUUGGUUAAGAAAUCUGGUCUUAGGUUGUCUGGUUCGUCUCCGAUUGUGAAUUUUGGGACAUCUAAAGUGACUCCUUCUGAUGAAAAGUUUGAUAGGUCGAGUAGGAAGAGUUAUAGGGUUGAAGAUGUUAAUGAGGUUUAUAGUGUUGCUUCGAAAGAUAGGGUAGGAGAUGUUAAUGAGGUUUAUAGUGUUGCUUCUGUGAAAUCAGGAUCGAAAGAUAGGGUCAGUAAGGUCAAUGAGGCUAUUGUCAAGACUCUGUCUGAUCAGUUAAACGAGGUUGGAGGUGGUGAUAGUGAUGAUUUGGUUUCUUGUAAUGUUAGACCGCGCGGUAAUGGGAGUAAAAGACGCAAGUUUAGAGGGAGGAGGAGAGCGGGACGGGGAGUUAAUGUUAGAGACAUUGUUGGUAAUGAGAGUGAGAUGUCUAUUGCUUCUAACUCGGUGCCUCGAGGUGAGAGGUAUGAGGAAGGAGGAGGUAGACAGAGAGAACAGAACAUGAGUGGAGCUGUUCCGAGAAACGGUUGUGGAAUACCGUUUAAUUGGUCGAGCAUUCAUCAUAGAGGCAAAACUUUUCUUGAUAUAGCUGGUAGGAGUUUAUCUUGUGGAAUGUCUGAUUCUAAAGGAAAGAAAGGUGAAAAUGAUAUGCUAAUGUUGUCUGAUUCAAGCUUCUCUGAUCAUGAGGCUUUACCUCUUUUAGUUGACAGUUCAGAUAAUAAAGAAUGGGUGCAUGAUUACUCAGGCGAAUUGGGUGUUUUCGCCGACAAGUUGCUCAAGAAUGAGAAAGAUUCAGACUUUGGUAAGAAGAGCAGCCGAAAAAAUGCUCGGUGGCAUCAAAGUUUUACGCAGAAGUACGCUCCAAGAACAUUCCCGGAUGUUUUGGGACAGAAUCUGGUGGUACAAGCUCUAUCUAAUGCUGUUGCUAAACGAAGAGUUGGACUUCUUUAUGUAUUCCACGGUCCAAAUGGAACCGGAAAAACAUCUUGUGCUCGGACUUUUGCUAGAGCGUUGAAUUGCCAUUCUGCAGAACAAUCAAAGCCUUGCGGUGUAUGCAGUUCAUGUGUUUCUUAUGAUGAUGGUAAGAACCGGUACAUUCGGGAAAUGGGUCCUGUUAAAAAAUUCGACUUUGAGAAUUUGGUCGAUAAAAUGAUCAUUCAUCGGCAGCAAAGACAGCAUCUUACAUUCAUAUUCGAUGAUUGCGAUACUAUGUCAACAGAUUGUUGGAAUGCACUUUCAAAAGUCGUGGACCGAGCACCUCGUCGUGUGGUUUUCAUUCUAGUAUGUUCGGGUCUUGAUGUUUUGCCUCACAUUAUCGUUUCGAGGUGUCAGAAGUUCUUUUUCCCAAAGCUCAAAGACGUGGAUAUCAUCGAUUCCUUGCAACGGAUUGCAUCAAAAGAAGAGAUUGAUAUCGAUAAAGACGCACUGAAGCUUGUUGCUUCGAGAUCAGAUGGUUCUUUGAGAGAUGCGGAAAUGACUCUAGAGCAGCUGAGUUUGCUCGGAACAAGAAUCUCUGUUCCUUUGGUUCAAGAAAUGGUUGGGUUAAUCUCUGAUGAGAAAUUGGUUGAUCUUCUUGAUCUAGCCUUAUCCGCGGAUACUGUCAACACCGUAAAGAACCUAAGAAUAAUAAUGGAAACUGGUCUAGAACCAUUAGCUUUGAUGUCACAGCUUGCAACUGUCAUAACCGAUAUACUAGCCGGAAGCUACGAUUUCACCAAAGAUCAAUGUAAAAGAAAGUUUUUCCGGCGACAUCCACUGUCAAAAGAAGAUAUGGAUAAGCUGAAACAAGCUUUGAAAACUUUAUCUGAAUCAGAAAAACAGUUGAGAGUAUCGAAUGAUAAACUAACCUGGCUUACUGCUGCAUUACUCCAGCUAGCUCCUGACAAACAGUACUUGCUUCCGCAUAGUUCGUCCGCUGAUGCUAGCUUUAACCAUACUCCAUUGACGGAUUCGGAUCCUUCAAACAGCGCUGUAGCUGGAACAAGAAGAGAUGGUAGUAAGCAAGAUAUCGGUUGCAUAAAUCGACCUUCGGUUGAAGAUAUUUGGUUAACUGUUAUCGAGAAACUUCGAGUUAACGGUUUAAAAGAGUUUCUUUAUAAAGAAGGAAAGAUCUUUUCGAUUAGUAUCGGCUCAGCUCCUACGGUGCAGUUAAUAUUUAACUCACCAAUAGCAAAAUCAACAGCCGAGAAUUUCAAAGAUCACAUUUUGAGAGCGUUUGAGGCAGUUCUUGGAUCUCCAGUCACAUUAGAGUUCAGAACCGAGUCAAAGAAAGAUCUGAAAAACGUCGUUUUGUCGCCAUUUCAAGGUUUAAGCAAUGGUGAGAGAUACCACGAAAGCGGAAGAAGCGAAAUAAUCGAAGUAGCUGAACCGGAAUCUCCAAUGACUCGAGUUAGAAGGAAACACUUGGAAGCGAGUCAAAACCAGAAUCAGAACCACCAGAGCAUUGUGAAAGGAAAAGUUUCUUUGGCUCAAGUGAUCAAGCAAGCUGAAGGAAACAGUUGGUCUAAACACAAAGCUGUCUUGAUUGCAAAUAAGCUUGAACAAGAGAACUUGAGACUUGAACCAAGAUCAAGAAGCUUGAUAUGUUGGAAAGUGUCGAGAUACACUCGUCGCAAGCUAUCAAGAUUGAAGAUGAGAACAAGAAAAAUAAGAUUACAUUCGUUGUUGAAGCUUGUCUCUUGUGGGAAAUGUCUAUCAACGAGAUCUCCUCCUAGAUAGGUUUCUCCUUUUUUGCUUCUUCGUCUUCUUCUUCUUCUUAGUUAUCUUUGAUCAUAAUGUAAUCUUUGUAGCUAUUCAUCUUUAUUCAAAUGUUGCAUCAUUUUUAUCAAAAUGGUGAUCAGAUAGAUCGAGUUCAUUGAUCUCUUCAUUGUUUGUUUCAUCUAUAACUUAAGGGUUAAUGAUUAGGUUAUUUUAAUUUAAGUAAA